UGGGGCUUGGGGGGCGGCGGCGGUGGGGCCGAGAGCCCGGGUGCGCACCUGGGCCCCCCUGGCCAUGGCGGCGAAGGUGGACCUGAGCACCUCCACCGACUGGAAGGAGGCAAAAUCCUUUCUGAAGGGUCUAAGUGACAAGCAGCGGGAGGAACAUUACUUCUGCCAGGACUUCGUCAGGCUGAAGAAGAUCCCCACGUGGAAGGAGAUGGCAAAAGGGGUGGCUGUGAAGGUGGAGGACCCCAAGUACAAGAAGGACAAGCAGCUCAACGAGAAGAUCUCCUUGUUCCGUGGAGAUAUCACCAAGCUGGAGGUGGACGCCAUCGUCAACGCCGCCAACAGUUCUCUGCUGGGAGGCGGUGGCGUGGACGGCUGCAUUCACCGGGCCGCCGGACCCCUGCUCACCGACGAGUGCCGGACCCUGCAGAGCUGUGAGACGGGCAAGGCCAAGAUAACGGGCGGCUAUCGGCUGCCAGCCAAGUAUGUCAUCCACACGGUGGGGCCCAUUGUCCACGGAGAGCCCAGUGCCAGCCAGGCCACGGAGCUCCGCAGCUGCUACCUGAACAGCCUCAACUUGCUGCUGGAGCAUCGGCUACGCUCAGCGGCUUUCCCUUGUAUCUCCACCGGCGUGUUUGGCUACCCCAAUGAGGCGGCGGCUGAGGUAGUGCUGGCAGCAUUGCGCGAGUGGCUGGAGCAGCACAAGGACAAGGUGGAUCGGCUGGUCAUCUGCGUGUUUCUCGAGAAGGACGAGGACAUCUACCGAAAACGGCUCCCCCACUACUUCCCUGUGGGCUGGUUCUCACUCUCCUCUGCCUUCCAGCCUGAGGCUCCCUGCAGCCCACCCAGACCAGGACUGACUCCCCUGGGCCUGCAGGGCCUCGCUCCCAGCUCUGAGAGUUCACUGAAGCCUGCAGCCUGGCGACCCUACUCUUUCCAAGUAGCCCACCACCAAGAAGCCUCCUAAUAAAGACCACCUCGUCCCAGCUC